CCCAUGCACGCUGCUUCCGACCACGAUAUCAAGCCCGGCCUGGCCGCCCUGACUCUCCUGCAUGCCCUGGAUGCCGACGGACGCCCCUCGUUCGCCCUCGAAUCGCCCUCGCCCUCGGCCCACGAUGAGCCGCUCGCCCUCGCAUACUCCAACGCCGCUCUGCAUGCGGUGCCCGGGCUGCUGUCCAAGAUCAGGGGCUGCGACUCCAUCAGCCUCCUGGCCGCCGCGCAGAUGGCCUUCAGAGACUGGGUCCGGGGAACUGCACACCAUGACGACGUCCAAGCGCCCGGAUGCGCCUACACAUUCGAAGGCCACGUGUGGUAUGCCUUCGAUAUUGGCGGCUACAGGAUCAUCAGCGGCAUGCCUACGCUGCUGAUGUGGAGGAACCCAGGCCAGGGCGGCAGGACCAGCCGCAAGAACAGUCGAGAGAAUCAGCUCGAGGCCACCAGACAUGGCAGAGACAUAUCGCCCACCACCCCCUCGCUGCCAGUCCAACUGCCCGCGAGUCCUGUGGCCAGCAGGCAUUCUUCUUCUGCUCCAUCAUGUGCUGGACGGCGACCUUGCGACUAUACCUCGCCUCGUGUCCUAUCGGAUGCAAGCCCCAGGUCCCACAUCGACUAUUUCCACAGUGUAGACUGGGCCAGCACGCCCCUGGGGCCCAUCAAGUCGUGGUCGGCCGACUUGGGCUGCAUGGCCAACAUGGUCCUGAGCAACAGUGCCCCUGCCAUUCUGUACUGGGGCGAGGACGCCAUCAUGCUGUACAACGAGCCAUACAUUCAGCUACUCGGCAGUCUGCAUCCCUGCAUGGGCAAAAGCUUUCGCACCCAGGUACCGGAGCACUGGCCUGCGCUCCAGACCUUUAUCCAGCACCUGCACGAGACGGGCGAGCCCAUGGAUGAAUCCGAUAUGCUGAUAUUCAUUGAAAGAGACGGUUAUCUCGAAGAGACGCACUGGUCCUUUCAGUUUGUACCCAUAAUGGAUCGCUGUCGCAACCAGACAGCCUACUACCAGACGCUCUUUGAAGUGACGGGACACCGUCUUCUCGAGCGCCGUGUCUCGAGUCUGGUGGAAAUGGGCAGCCAUAAUGCCAAUGCGAGGAACAUUCCUUCUUUCUGGGACGCCACGCUGAGCACUCUGAGUCUGAACGACAAGGAUGUGCCACUUGCUCUGUUGUAUGCUGCUGAGCGCCAUGUGCGCGCUGAGAUGUCGCCGAUUUCAUCCCCGGGCAGCAAUCCGCCGUUAGAAGGCUGCGUGCUCAAAGGUACUGUUGGUGUUGAGGCGGGCCAUCCAAUCGCCCCCAACACCAUCAACAUCAACGAUGAUUCCUACUUUCUCCAUCCAUUCAUACGUCGCGCUGCAGAAUCCAGAGAACCGACAGUUGUGCAUCUGAAGCAACUUCCAGUAGCUGAUGUUGCGUUGGAAGGGAUCAAAUGGAGGGGCUAUGGUGAUCCUUGUCACACCGCUGUCGUUUGCCCUAUUGUUCCCACAACUGGAAACCAGGUCGAAGGCUUUCUGAUUAUUGGACUCAAUCCCCGCAGGCCCUUUGACGAGGACUACCUGCAAUAUCUCCAGGUCAUGGUCCGCUUGCUCGGCACGUCACUUGCGUCAGUCGUCCUGUUUGAGGAGGAAAUUCGGCAACGAGAAAACACUAUAGCGCAGGCUGCACAGAUUCAAGCACAGCUCAUGGCUGAAAUCAAACUCGAAGAAGGCAAAUUCCAGCGCUUCGCAGAGCGCUCCGAUGUUGCCAUUUUCACAGCCACUCCCGCCGGCGAGUACACGUAUCGGAACCACCGCUGGUACGAGAUGUUUGAAAUCGCCAAGCUAGCCGUCACUGCUGUUGAGGCAUGGAAUAUGAUCUGUUUUGAAGAGGACCUAGCCUACUGCGAAUCUCUUUUUGAGAAGCUCGUCGUGAAUCACGAAAACGUCUGUUUCGAGCUGCGGACAAGAAUACCGUGGCUGCCACCCUCAGAAGCUAGUCAAACACUGCCGGAGGACGCGCAGCAUUUCAGAUGGAUCCUGUGCUCGGCUUAUCCUGAGAUGGGACCCAACGGCGAACUGAUAGAGGUAGUCGGCAAUGUUAUCGACAUUUCGAGACAAAAAUGGUCCGAAGGCAUCCAAAAGUCUCGCACCGACAGUGCCCUACAGGGGAAACUGCAUCUCGAGCACUUUAUCGACACUACUUCGCAUGAGAUGCGCAAUCCGUUGAGUGCCAUUAUGCAAUGUGCAGACUCCAUCAUAUCUGCCUUUACACACAAUGAACAUCAUGCCUUGACUACGCGCGGCCCAUCGCCUUUCCUGGAUUCCACACUGGACGCUGCGCAGACCAUCGCCCAGUGCGCUCAGCACAUGAGGCAUAUUGUAGAUGAUAUUCUGACGAUAUCAAAACUCGACUCGGGUCUUCUCGACAUGACUCCGGUAGUCACCCAACCUGAGAACGUGGCGAGACAUGCCCUCAGAAUGUUCGAGGGGGAAGCAAAGGCUGCAGGGGUUGAUCUUUCGUUGGUGGUUGACCAGUCCUACCGCGAUCUGGAGAUUGACUGGACAUCGCUGGAUCCGACCAGAGUACUGCAGAUUCUCAUCAAUCUCAUCACUAACGCCAUCAAAUUCACGCGCCUUGAAAGGGUAAAGUCGGUCAGGAUUGCCCUCUCUGCGAGCGUGGCCGAGCCUACAUCGGUACCGGGAGGUAUCCAAUUCAACGAGGAAAAGCUGGUGGAGCAUGACCAACAUCUUGAAGACGAUUGGAAGCGCACGACCGAUCUGAUAUACCUGCAAUUCUCCGUCACAGACACUGGCCGCGGCCUUUCCGAAGAGGAAAGGGGCACCUUGUUUACUCGCUUUUCCCAAGCCUCGCCUCGCACUCACAUCAAUUACGGAGGCUCUGGUUUGGGCUUGUUCAUCUCACGGCGCCUGACUGAACUGCAAGGCGGUGCCAUCGGCCUUUCGAGUGAACCUGGGAAAGGAAGCACCUUUUCAUUCUACAUCAAAACUAGGCGAACGAUUCCUAACCCGACGCGAAACGGGAGCCUACCGCACGUGUUCCCUGAAGAUGUCAAACACCGACCUUUAGUAAACUCCUCGCGGCCUCCGCCGCCUUUGCGCACAUUCAGCAGCGAAGACACUCCAACAGUACGACAAUUCCCAACAGUACCUGCAAUACAAUCCUCGAUGAACCGCUUCCACUUUGGCUCCGAGUCGCCCAGCCCAUCUCCAAGAAUCGAGUUCCGCGCGCCAAAGGCCAUCAAAAGCGCUCCGCAAACCCUCCACGUGCUCGUCGUCGAAGACAACCUCGUCAACCAGCGCGUCCUCGCCAAGCAACUCCGCAGCCUCGGGUGCAUUGUCAGCGUCGCCAACCACGGCCGCGAAGCCCUAGAAUUCCUCCCAAAAACCGUCUUCUGGAACCACGAGCACCCCUUGUCCAUUUCGAUUGUGCGCAAAGAACCCUGCCACGUGCCCUGCACCGAGCCCAUGCCCGAGGGUUACGACGAUGCGCCUCCCGUCGACCUCAGCAUCAUCCUCAUGGACUGGGAAAUGCCCAUUAUGAACGGGCUCACUGCCGUUUCGGAAAUCCGCAAGUUGGAACAACAGGGCUUGCUCAAGGCGCGCAUCCCCGUGAUUGGUGUCACGGCAAAUGUGCGCCAGCAGCAGAUUGAUACCGCCAUGGCAGCCGGCAUGGACCAUGUGGUUGGUAAGCCGUUUCGCGUCGCAGAGCUGCUGGUGCGCAUGCGCGGUGUUGUCGAGAGCGGCUGUGCGGAGCGUGAGCGGCGUGCUGAGAGCUUUGGGUAGAAAAACAUGGCUUGUUGUUGUUGUUGUUGCUUUUUUGUUUUUCUCUCUUGGUCCUAUGUUGUUCAAUAGACUACCGUACUAUAAGUGCUACUGUUAUGUAGCUGUUGUAUUGAUAUAUUCUUAC